AGCGUGCGGGGCGCAGAGAACCGCGGGCUGGUCCCGGCUGAGCGCUCGGCGGCGGCUGCGCCGCGUCUGAGGGAGCGGGCGCUGGGCUGCGGCCGCCGGGCGGGGAGCUCUUCGGCCGGUGCCGAAGCGCCCGAGGUCUGGAAGGCACAGAAAUGGAACAAGAGCCACAAGAUGGAGAACCUGCUGAAAUUAAGAUCAUCAAGGAAGCGUACAAGAAGGCCUUUUUAUUUGUUAAUAAAGGACUGAAUACAGAUGAAUUAGGUCAGAAAGAAGAAGCAAAGAACUACUAUAAGCAAGGAAUAGGGCACUUGCUCAGAGGAAUCAGCAUUUCAUCAGCAGAUCCCGAACACAUAGGUCCUGGGUGGGAAUCUGCUAGACAGAUGCAACAGAAAAUGAAAGAAACACUACAGAACGUACGUACCAGGUUGGAAAUUCUAGAGAAGGGUCUUGCCACUUCUCUACAGAAUGAUCUUCAGGAGGUGCCCAAGUUACAUCCAGAAUUUCCACCUAAAGAUAUGUCCGAAAAGUCACUGGAGCCUGAGUCCUUUAAUUCACUUCCUCAGCACAAUGAAGUAAAUGGAAACACUCCAACUACAAGUACAGAACCAGUUUCUACACCUAGUACUUUCUCCUUACCAUCUCAAGGUCAUCCAUCAGAAGCACCUCCUGCUUAUACUCCUCAGGCUGCUGAGGGUCACUACACUGUAUCCUAUGGAACAGAAUCUGGAGAGUUCUCAUCAGUUGGGGAAAACUUUUAUAGGAAUCAUUCUCAGCCACCUCCUCUUGAGACCUUAGGGCUAGAUGCAGAUGAGUUGAUUUUGAUACCAAAUGGAGUACAGAUUUUUUUUGUAAAUCCUGCAGGGGAGGUUAGUGCACCUUCAUAUCCUGGGUACCUUCGAAUCGUGAGGUUCUUGGAUAAUUCUCUUGAUACAGUUCUAAACCGUCCUCCUGGGUUUCUUCAGGUUUGUGACUGGUUGUAUCCUCUAGUUCCUGAUAGAUCUCCAGUUCUUAAAUGUACUGUAGGAGCCUACAUGUUUCCUGAUACAAUGUUACAAGCAUCAGGAUGCUUUGUGGGGGUCGUCUUGUCUUCUGAAUUACCAGAAGAUGAUAGAGAACUCUUUGAGGAUCUGUUAAGACAAAUGUCUGACCUUCGGCUCCAGGCCAACUGGGACCGGGCAGAAGGAGCAAAUGAAUUCCAAAUCCCUGGAAGACCAAGAUGCCCCUCUAACCAACUGAAGGAAGCCAGUGGCGCUGAUGUGCGACAGUUGGACCCAGGCAGUAAGGAUGUGCGUCAUAAGGGAAAACGGGGGAAAAAGACCAAAGGUACUUCAAGUGAGGAAGUUAAUCUGAGUCACAUUGUACCUUAUGAGCCAGUUUCAGAAGAAAAAGCAAAGGAAAUACCUGAAUGGAGUGAGAAAGUGGCUCAAAACAUUUUGUCAGGUGCUUCCUGGGUGAGUUGGGGUUUGGUUAAAGGUGCUGAGUUUACUGGCAAAGCCAUCCAGAAGGGCGCUUCUAAACUGCGAGAACGGAUUCAACCAGAAGAAAAACCAGUAGAAGUUAGUCCAGCUGUGACCAAGGGACUUCAUAUAGCAAAGCAGGCUACCGGAGGAGCAGCGAAAGUCAGUCAGUUCCUGGUUGACGGAGUUUGUACUGUAGCAAAUUGUGUUGGAAAGGAAUUAGCUCCACAUGUCAAGAAGCAUGGAAGCAAACUUGUUCCAGAAUCUCUUAAAAAAGACAAAAAUGGGAAGUCUCCCCUGGAUGGUGCUAUGGUUGUAGCAGCAAGCAGUGUUCAAGGAUUUUCAACUGUCUGGCAAGGAUUGGAAUGUGCAGCUAAAUGCAUUGUUAAUAAUGUUUCAGUAGAAACUGUACAAACUGUCAGAUACAAAUAUGGGCAUACCGCAGGAGAAGCUACACACAAUGCAGUAGAUUCUGCCAUCAACGUUGGUGUAACUGCCUAUAAUAUCGACAACGUUGGCAUCAGAGCAAUGGUGAAGAAAACUGCAAAACAAACGGGACACACGCUGCUUGAGGACUAUGAAAUUGUUGAUGAUUCUAAGGGGGAAAAUCAAGGAGGAGGAGCAAGUGUAGACAUGAAAGGGGAGAAAGAUGAACAGGGAGAGGCACUAGAGAAGGACAGGGCAAAGAAGAAAGAUAAAUGAUAGAAGUGCUGGGAAUUGCCUAUACCAAAGCCUUACAGAUGGAUGCAAUUUUGUUAAAUGGCAAAUGCGGAGUUCCCCACAGAUUAACCAGGAUUUUUUCAAUGUAUUCAUUCCUGCAGAGUGACUGUUCCAUAAGCUUUAUGGCAUGUAUUCUACUUCUAAGGAAAAGAAUCAGUAUUCUUGCAUCUGGCCUUUAGAAAUACAGUUACAUUCUCUGUGAGUUGAUUUUUUUCUAAAUGUGGCUAAAAUAUUUUUGCAGUUAAAAUAAAACUAAUAAUAGACGUGCUAUAAAUCUCAUUAAACCUAACGUUAAACUA